UGUGUUCUGCUUCUAUAUAAAUGUUUGAUUUCCCACAAGGAACUCACCAUUCCCACUUCCUGAAUCAAUACCCAUCUCUCAUUUCUUGCUGGGAAUUCCCAUCUUCUGGAAAACAAGGCCAGGUGUUUUCGGAAGAGAGGUGCAAACAUUUAUACACUUGGAUAUAGAGAUAUAUAUCGUCCGUUUGGUGAGUUGGAAAAUGUGGAGGCUCAAGGUUGCAGAUGGGGGCAAUGAUCCCUACAUCUACAGCACCAACAACUUCGUGGGAAGACAGAUAUGGGAGUUUGAUCCUGAUUAUGGAACCCCAGAAGAGCGAGCUGAGGUCGAAGCAGCUCGCGAAAAUUUCUGGAAGAACCGGUAUCAGGUUAAGCCCAGCGGCGACCUUCUAUGGCGAAUGCAGUUUUUGAGAGAGAAGAAUUUCAAACAAACAAUACCACAAGUGAAGGUUGGGGAUGGUGAAGAAAUUACAUAUGAGACAGCCACAGCAGCAGUGAGAAGGGGUGCGCAUUUCUUUUCAGCCUUGCAGGCUAGCGAUGGCCAUUGGCCUGCUGAAAAUGCUGGCCCAUUGUAUUUCCUUCCUCCCCUGGUCAUGUGUCUAUACAUUACAGGGCAUCUUGACACUGUAUUCCCUGGAGAAUAUCGUAAAGAAAUUCUUCGCUACCUAUACUGUCAUCAGAAUGAAGAUGGUGGGUGGGGAUUCCAUAUUGAGGGACACAGCACCAUGUUUUGUACAACACUCAGCUACAUUUGUAUGCGUAUCCUUGGAGAAGGGCCCGAUGGUGGUAGAGAAAAUGCUUGUGCAAGAGGGCGUAAAUGGAUCCUCGAUCGUGGUGGAGUGACAUCCAUUCCCUCUUGGGGAAAGACUUGGCUUUCAAUUUUUGGCUUGUUUGACUGGUCAGGAAGCAACCCAAUGCCCCCAGAGUUUUGGCUCUUCCCUUCUCGUCUUCCCAUGCAUCCAGCAAAAAUGUGGUGCUACUGUCGGAUGGUUUACAUGCCCAUGUCAUACUUAUAUGGUAAACGAUUCGUUGGCCCAAUCACACCUCUUGUUCUAGAACUGAGAGAAGAGCUCUUCCUUCAACCUUAUAAUGAAAUCAAUUGGAGGAAAGUACGACAUCUUUGCGCAAAGGAGGAUCUCUACUACCCCCAUCCCCUAAUACAAGAUCUGAUGUGGGAUGGUUUGUACAUAUGUACCGAGCCUCUUCUUACUCGUUGGCCCUUCAACAAGUUGAGACAGAAGGCUCUUGAAGUAACAAUGAAACACAUCCAUUAUGAAGAUGAAAACAGUCGAUACAUUACCAUUGGAUGUGUGGAGAAGGUACUGUGUAUGCUUUCAUGUUGGGUUGAAGAUCCAAACGGGAAUUAUUUCAAGAAGCACCUUGCUAGGAUUCCAGAUUAUAUAUGGGUUGGAGAAGAUGGAAUAAAGAUGCAGAGCUUUGGUAGUCAAGAGUGGGACACUGGUUUUGCCCUUCAAGCAGUACUAGCUUGUAAUAUGACCGAUGAAAUUGGACCUACACUCAAGAAAGGCCAUGAAUUUGUAAAGGAAUCUCAGGUUAAGGACAAUCCUUCUGGUGACUUUAAAAGUAUGUACCGCCACAUUUCCAAGGGAUCGUGGACAUUCUCCGAUCAGGAUCAUGGUUGGCAAGUUUCUGACUGCACUGCAGAAGGUUUGAAGUGCUGUCUUCUCUUCUCAAUGAUGCCACCCGAAAUUGUUGGUGUCAAGAUGGAACCCGAACGGCUAUUUGAUUCUGUCAACAUCUUGCUUUCCCUACAGAGUAAAAAUGGUGGUUUAGCAGCUUGGGAGCCUGCAGGAGCUUCAGAAUGGUUGGAGCUGCUCAACCCCACUGAAUUUUUCGCAGACAUCGUCAUUGAGCAUGAGUAUGUUGAGUGUACUGCAUCAGCAAUUCAGGCUCUAGUUUUGUUUAAGAAGUUAUACCCCGGACACAGGAAGAAGGAGAUUGACAAUUUCAUCACGUAUGCUGCUAAGUACAUUGAAGACAUACAAAUGCCUGAUGGCUCAUGGUAUGGCAACUGGGGAGUAUGCUUCACCUAUGGUUCAUGGUUUGCACUUGGGGGCCUAGCAGCUGCUGGCAAGACUUACCACAACUGUCAUGCUAUUCGUAGAGCUGUUGAGUUUCUACUCAAUUCACAGAGGGAUGAUGGUGGCUGGGGAGAGAGCUAUGUUUCUUGCCCGGACAAGAAAUAUACACCUCUUGAAGGAAACAGGUCAAAUCUGGUGCACACCGGGUGGGCUCUGAUGGGGCUGAUUUCUUCUGGGCAGGCGGAGAGAGACCCAACACCUCUUCAUAGGGCUGCAAAGCUGUUGAUUAAUUUCCAAAUGGAGGAUGGUGAUUUUCCCCAACAGGAAAUCACUGGAGUCUUCAUGAAGAACUGCAUGUUACACUAUGCAGCUUACAGGAACAUUUACCCAUUGUGGGCUCUUGCAGAGUAUCGUAGGCGGGUGCCACUACCUUAGGGCUGGUUGUAUAUAUUUACCUGGCUCAAUCAUAUAGGAAAAAGCGUGGAUAGAGGUGUACCCUUAUGUUUAUGCAUAUCUUCUACUGGUGAUAUGUGUCCAUGAAUGUCCCUAUAGUACAAGCAUCUGUAAGAUAGGAGCUUAGAUGAUUUUGAGCAAUGUAAAGGCAAAUGAGAAGUUCAUCCUAUUUUUCUUGGUUCCAAAUGAAGAGGAAUUUCCUGCAAUAAAAUUGGACUGUUUUGUUAAAACUAGAGGCACAGGCUGCCAUUUUCCUUCAUGGCUAGGCUUGUGAAUGACUAGGAGAUUGGUUGGUGAAUAGUUGUAAUUGAAACCAUUGAGCUAGUAUCGUCCAUUUUCUCUA